AUGGAUCUUUAUGAUGGUUAUGAUGCUGUUUUAAAUUAUUUUAAAAGCUAUGACAGUGAAACGUGGACUUAUCAACAUUUUUUAAACGAAUUAAGAGAAACGAUCAUUUCUUCUCCUCCCUAUACUGAUGACUGGACCGGCUUGGACGGUGCAUGGUGUAACAGAUUUAAAAAAUUUUCUAAUAAGGAUAUAGUACGAUUUAGGAGGUUUGGCGAAAUUUUCGUUGCCCAAGUGAUGAGUAUGAUGCGCUUAUGGGUCGGUAUUAAUAAUCGUCAGAAUAUACAAUCAUUUUUUCAAGACAUCAUUCUUGAACGUGAAAAAAGAAAUGCCGGGAAAAAUUAUGUAAUAGAAGGCGUUAGAGUCCUCAAUGAGGCAAGUGGAGACUCACACAAACGUCAAUGUCGCCGAACAGAAAACGGGCCAUCGCAAACUCCAGAAGACAAGGUUUCAGAGGUUACAGAGGUCACAGAUGACGAAGAAUGGGAGUUUGACACACCACAGCCAAGUUGGCUAAAAAAAUUGAUAGAGGAACGUCUAGGUUCUAACGAAGUUCUCUCCUCAGAUCAAUCUGGUGGAAGAUUCGGAGAAAGUAUUGGAAAUAUUCAACGUCGCUGGCAAGGACAUACUGAUAGUCCAUUAACGAAUUUUGGAGCACAGCAAGCAGAGCAGGCGGGAGAAGCAUUGAAACAUGAAAAGUUUACAUUUGCAAUUUCAAGUGACUUAACUAGAACAAUGACCACAGCAAAAUUAAUUCUCUCACGAAAUAUUUAUUUCGUCACAAAUCCAAUGGAAUUAUGUACGGAUUUUCGGUUAAGGGAACAACAUUUCGGUAAUUUUGAAGACCAAUCACUUAACAUACCUGUGAAAUAUGCCAUCACCCCUCCUGAUCCUCGGUUAAUUAAAUUUGUCGGAGAAGGAGCAGAAUCAUUACAAGAUGUAUUCAAUAGAGCAACGACAUUCAUAUCAGAUUUACUAACCCAUUAUCAACAACGACGACAACAAAUCACUUGUCAACAAGAAUAUCCACACAUUUUAAUCGUGUCACAUUCGAUUUUCAUUAAUGAAUUUUUAAAUGCUUUGUUAACACAUAAAACAUUGUUACGUCAGCAACAACCGUGGCAAUUUGUUCCUUUACAUAACACUUCUAUAUUUACAUUAAGAGUUCAUCCAUGUGAUGAUCACCAACAAGAACCUUUACGAAUUGAUGUCAUUAGAAAUAAUUAUGUUGAACAUCUUAAUGGAUUAAUUAGACAGCAAGGUGGUAUUGGUAGUGCCGUUUAUGAUAUUAAACAAAAGAAGAUAUCUUCUUUUUUUCAAAAGAAACAACAAAAUUCAAGAAUUGUUACCAAAAGAGAAAUCAUGGAAGAUCCUAUGGAUGAAGAUUAA